GCUUGUCAUCUCUCAAUGCUCUGUGUCCUUUCAACAGUCAGCUGCGGGGAGCACAUUUCACAGGGGCAGUGCUGGCUCUCUAACACACACACUCAUGCUGUUACGGAACUCUCAGACACACAUGGGUAUGCUCGCACAUUGACACACUCCCACAAUACAUACACUAUCUCCAAAGCGUAAACUCCUACCAGCAGAUAUACAUAUCCCCUGAGCUGGAUGCCUCUCUUUAACGGACAAACUGCUUUGAGGAUUUAACUGGGCUUUCUCAUAAAAAGGGAGCAGGAACAUACAGAAAAGGAGGAAGAGUGGGGAUUUGUUUGGGGACACCUUCCUUCACGGGAAAUGGUCAACUUGUCAGCAUGACACCUCGUCUGGAUUCCCCUCUCGUCCUCAGGCAAAAAUCCUGAAAAUGAUGGAUGACAACAAGCAGUUGGCCCAGCGCAUCGAUGGGGCCAUUCAGUCGGCCAGCCAGGAGGUGACCAACCUGCGGUCAGAGCUGAGCGCCACCAGCCGCAGACUGGCCGAGCUGGGGGCAACCGACUCCUCUGCCACCAUGCUUGAGACCCUGCAGCACAACCACAAUGAUCCCUCUCCCCAUACAAGGCAGAAGCCACCGGCCACUGACCUCAGCUACAAGACUGAAAUCAGCAGUCUCAUGGACUUCAACUCUCCGGAUGCCUCCCUGGACAAAGUCCUACUGCGUGAGGAGGUGGCCCAGCUCCAGGAGGAGGUGCACCUGCUGCGGCAGAUGAAGGACAUGUUGAGUAAGGACCUGGAGGAGACCCAGGGAGGCUGCUCGGCCGACGUGCUCUCUGCCACCGAGCUACGCGUGCAGCUGGCCCAGAAGGAGCAGGAGCUGGACCGAGCCAAGGAAGCUCUGCAAGCCAUGAAGUCGGACCGUAAGCGUCUGAAGGCGGAGAAAGCAGACCUGGUGAACCAGAUGCAGCAGCUUUAUGCCACACUGGAGAGCCGCGAGGAGCAGCUCCGCGACUUCAUACGCAACUAUGAGCAGCACAGAAAAGAGAGCGAGGAUGCGGUGAAGGCACUGGCCAAGGAGAAGGACCUGUUGGAGAGAGAGAAGUGGGACCUGAGGCGGCAGACCAAGGAAGCCACAGAGCAUACGGGGAUUUUGCGCUCUCAGCUCGACCUCAAGGAGAACCGCAUCAAGGAGCUGGAAGCUGAACUGGCCAUGAUGAGUAACUGUGUCAAUCAGAGAAUGGAGUUCCGGGUGUUUGAGCGGCUUGCGGACAGGGACUACUCACCUAGGGUCAUGGCGGCCAAACAGUCACUAGCCACCCUGACCAAGGAUGUGCCCAAGCGUCACUCCCUGGCCAUGCCCACGGAGACGGUUGUCAACGGCAACAACCAGGAGUGGGUGAUGAAGGCUGACCUUCCCCUGACUGCUGCCAUCAGACAGAGUCAGCAGUCCCUCUAUGUCCAUACAGGGCAUCCCACUGACAGACAAGUGGCUGCUGUGCGGGUGAGCCCGUGCCACUCGCGUCAGCCCUCCAUCAUCUCCGACGCCUCGGCAGUGGAGGGAGACCGGUCAUCCACACCCAGCGACAUCAACUCACCACGCCAUCGGACCCACUCCCUCUGCAAUUCCCUAGAAGAUCUGGAGGAGGCGAAGCGUAAGAAGAAGAAGGAGAAGAUGGGGCUGGGCUCUCUGUCGCGUGUCUUCGCCCGGGGAAAACAGCGCAAGUCCCUCGACCCUGGUUUGUUUGAUGGUACUUCAACACCUGAUUAUUACAUAGAGGAAGAUGCAGACUGGUAAAGCACACAUGUCCAAGCGAACCACCUGAAGAGCCAUUGUGGCAGUUAUAAGAAGACAGAAUUGUGUUGAAGCCCGUGUGUGUGUGUGUUUGUGUGUGUGCAAGAGGAUGUGUGUGUGUGUGUGUGUGUGUGUGUGUGUGUGUUUCAUGUCAAUGUGUACAGAUAUAAUAAUGUGUGUGCCUGUUCAGUUUCACAUGCAUGCAUACUUAUGUGUGUGUGUUUGUGAGAUUGUGUGCAUGUGUGUGUCAUCCAUGGUCAGAGGCCAUGUCAGAAGCCGGAGGCGCGUCUUGCUUCGCUGAAGUGUAAACCUUAACGAGCAAAUUGCACCUGUAUGUAUGUACAGUCCUGUAAAUAGAGUGAACAGUGUGACACAGCAACCAUGUGGAUGUGUUCUAUUGUAUCUGCCCUCCAAAACGGCUGUGUAAGUGGAUCUUUUAAUUGUUCAUUACAUUUUGACUUUUUGUUUUCACUCAACUGGAAACUUGAAGGACUGCUGUACUUGUAAAUAACAACAGUUGAUGUGCACUUUGUGCGUGUAAAUGUCUCCUUGUCCUGAAUGCCUUUUGUUAUUUUCAACAUUUACUCCCCUCCUCUCACCACCUUUUAACUUAAACUCCUCCCUGUUUAUUGUCCUGCUUGGUCCAUCCCCCUCCUCCCACACUGCCGUGAUGAGAACAGUUUCCUGUAGGCAACUUGCAGACUCCUCAAAUCCACCUCCGAUUUUGCUGUACGACACAUCCCUUAACCGAGAGAGCAAACUGUGCAGAGGCACUCUGUCAUGUUUUCUCGAAUGAGAUUUCAAAGGAAGGAAUGAGGAAUUAACUUUCUAUGCAGAACAGUUUCUCCCAAAGUAACAUGACGCCAAACAGGAAAUGUAAGAAAUGUGUUUUCUAUCUGUUAUGAUAGAAGGUACAUGACCCAGGUACAUGUGUGACAUGCAUGCACAUAGUCCCAGUCCCCAAAUGCAUGUUGAACAAAACCCUACUAAACACAAAUGUCUUUCUCUGGGUAUGUUGUCGAGAAGGAUAUAAACUGUCUGUUUAAAAAAAAAAAAAGAGGUCAGUUACUGAUUUCAUGAUGUUUAUUCAUGAUUUCCUCCAUUUUAAAUGUAGUGAUCAGAUUUGCAAACUUGACCCUCGCUAUUCAGAAAGUUCUCUGAUUAAUGUUCAAGAGCUUAGCAUCCUAAACUAAACAUAGAACCUUUUAAUCUGCACCUACGAGGUUCUUCAUGCAAAAUUACAUUUGAAAUAGUAAAGGUCAGCAAAGGCAACAGUCACAAAGAGAACCCAGCACUACACUAUGAGAGUGAUGAAAUAAUUAUUCAACUUAUUCAUGAGGCUUUAUACCAUUUUUUCUCUGUAGGAUAUUACAGUAGCUUGUAGUUAUUAUUUUAUUAAGACUUAAAAAGACUGUUGGGAGUAACAUUAUUCUGGAAAAAGUUAAUCUCAAAAAAGAAGGCUAUUAUCUCAAAAUAAGUUAUAGCAUAAACAUCAUUUGUACAAACAUAGUAGAUAUUAGACUGAUUGUUAAGGCUUUUCCAAACCUCAGGAAUGAGCUCAUUUUACCAGAAAAUCUGAGCUUUGAAUUUAGAGGCCAAAGCAUAGAGCAGACUUUCAGUGAGCUACUACAACAAUAACAAGUGCCAGUUCUGAAGGUUAAAAAUCAGAUUUAAGAGGCUAAUCUAACUGAAGCAAAUGCAUACCUUCUCCCAUGAUCCCAUGAACUCAAUGAAAAAAAAAAAAUCUAAUACAGAGUUGAGGCCAUUGCUGCAAAAAGCAAUUAACUUUGUGCCAAAGGUUAAUAGCAUUUCUUCAAGCACAAGAAUGACUACAGACAUUGGAUUAUUUUCAUCCUUUCAUUGGAUUGAGCUGGAGUCUGCACUGCCCCCCCAGGAAGUCUUUUCUCUCCCUGAUAUUAAACUAACACUGGGUAUUUGUCAGUUUCACCUGAAACACUAUAGAGUCACAGAUUACAUUGGAGCUGUAUUUAACCACAAUGCGUGCGCUUGUCAAGCUCGCCCAUAUAAACAGCAAGGGGAUUAUCAUUUAACCCUUAGCUCAUCCUACAUUUUGGCUCGCAGAUGUUGAAUUUUAGAGGUGAAUGACUGAGGUAAUUCAAAGAUAAGUCAUAAUGUAUUAAAUUGCAUUGUAUAAAACCAACAACUCAACCAGUUUAUCUCAUUAAACAUUAAAUGAAAUGUGGAAAAGGAAAUGGAAAAAAAAACAUAUCAAAUGAAAAAUCUUUUCCACAUUGUGGAAAAACAUUGUAUCAUUUUAUGUUUUGAGCCAGGGUCUCUUUGUUUUUUAUUUUCCACAAAUAUUUUCCUUUUUGUGAAUGAGAUAACAAUACAGAAAUGAAAUCAAUAUAAUUAUUAAAGAGUUUUAUUUAAAGUCAAAGAUGUAGGCUUCAUUGGAGGACUUCUAUUAUGAGGUCCUGAGAUGUUUAGAAGUGGCUAGUAGCGAACUUUUAAAGGCAUGGCAACAAAAUUACGCUCAAAAGAACUAAGUGAGAAAAAUAAAAUUAUUUUA